AUGAAGCCAUGGAUAGAGCUAAGGAUACUAUUGCAAGGAUUUGAAGGGAAUAUUUCAAAGUACAAAGAUAUCUUUAAGAUUAUUGAUGAAAGAUGGCAAUGCCAAUUGCAUCAUCCAUUACAUGCAGCUGGACAUUAUCUAAAUCCAGAGUUCUUCUAUCAAAAACCAGCUAUUGAAAAUUGUACAGAAGUAAUAGAUGGGUUGUAUGCUUGUAUUGAAAAAUUGGUUCCAAGCACUGAAGUACAAGACAAGAUUACGUCGGAGAUACCACUAUACACUAAAGCUGAGCAACAAUUUGGCCUUCCGAUUGCAAAAAGAUCUAGAACAACAAGAUCACUCGCUAUUAGAAUUUUGGGUUUAAUGGCUAGUGCUGCUGGGUGCGAGCGUAAUUGGAGCGUAUUUGAGCAUAUCCAUACCAAAAAAAGGAACAGACUGGAGCAUCAAAGAUUGAAUGAUCUAGUGUAUGUCAAGUACAAUCGAGCUUUAAAAGCCCGUUAUGACUUGCGGAGUGUUAUUGAUCCAAUCUCUUUGGAUAACAUUGACCAUAGUAAUGAGUGGUUGGUUGGGAAGAUGUGCGUUAAUGUUGAAGCAGAAGAUCAUGAGUUGGUGUUUGGUGAUGAUAGCUUGACUUGGGGUGAUGUUGCAAGAGCGUCGGAAGAUGAGAUUAUUUCUAAUGAGUCAGGGGAAGAAGAGAUUGGAGGCUACAGUUUUGGUGAUACCUAUGAGGAUCACCCUAUUGAGGAAGAUUAUAUGGAGGAAUAUUAUUUUAGUGACUUGAAGUAG